GAAAAAAAAACUUGUUACAAGAUGGCGGCGGCGAACUGCUUGUACACUGGAAAACAAUAGAAACAGCAGAGUGAGAGUAGAGUUUAUUUUUGUGCUGUCGCGUUUUCUUUUCGCUCUGUUCAUUUAGACACACGGUCGGUGUCGGUUAUUUCGGGCUGUGAGUAACUUUUAGCUCGCUGAAUGUAAAAGUGAUUUAUUUAUUCCAGCAUGCUUUGUUAUUGGAGCUAGUUAGCGCUAGCUUAGCUUAGCAUAGCUACGCUACAUCCGUAGCUUAGCUCAGUACUAUCUAGCUCUAUAGAUUUAAUACAGAUCAGCUGUUAGCCUGAUAGCUAUUUAACAAAAAAAAAAGUUAUAAAAGCUGGAAACUUCGCGCUUUAAUCCUUGAGGCUGAAGCUCUUUUUUUAUUCGGUUUUACACGAUAUGGUUGUUUGUGUCAGAGAUGUUGAUGGUCUGAAAGUUUGAUUGGGAGACGAGACGAUUCUACUGUAAGUUUGGGGGAAAAGUCUUUAUAAGAGGAACGUUAUCAUCCGGGACGUGAGAGGAAAAACUCGUGUAUUAUCUUUUCACUUGUGAUAAAGCGACGGUUUGUUUGUGAUGUCGAGGAACGUCGGUGUUUUCUAGACGGAUGUUUUAGUAACUGAAGCUAACUGAGGUUUGUUCUUUUGUAAACCGUGUGUCUGCUCUUCUACAGUGAAAGUUUAGCAGUGAACCGCUUUAAAAAAAAGCUCCUGUUUUUGUUCCUGAAGUAUUAAGAACUUGUGUUAUGUUUAUGGGUUUAAGGUCGUACAACUAGUUGUUUUUUAUUUAUUUAUUUUAUUUUAAUUUUUUUUGUUUGUUUUUUUUUUAGAUAGCCGAAUGUUAACUUUUACCAUCAAGAUGCUUUGGAUGUUAGAAAAAUCUGCGUUAAAUAUAGUAACUUAGUUAGUAGCUUGAGGGAAUUUAGUUUCAUUUGUUUUCCCUUUUUUUUUUUCCCAAUUUAGUUUCCCAUUUUUCGAUGGGAAAACUGAUUUUUGUGUUUUUGUUGCUGUGAUUUGUGUGUGUGUGUGUGUGUUUGUGUGUGAACUUAAUCUGGCCUGAGAGUUAACGGCUAAUCGCUAAACUAUGUCGGAUUUCUUGUUGUUGUUAUUGUGCUAGAGCACUAUUUGGCAAAUAUUGACUGAAAUGGAGGCAGUUGAGUGCGUUGUUUAAUAACAAGGUGAAAGGCGGAGGUUCGAGUCGCCAACACGCCGACCGACAAAAGAGGCGUCCGAAAUCAGCGACACUGAAGUUUGCGCUGACUUUAGAGGAAAUAAAGCGUCUCGAUAACGGGUUGAGGGAGCGAGUGAACACGAUGGCGGAUUAUGUAGUGUCCAGGCACAGUGCGGUGAUGGAGCGGUUGCGGCGGCGCAUCGAGCUCUUCAGGCGGCAUCACAACAGCUGCGAGAGCCGCUACGACAACACGGCCAUGGAGCGCCUCGAAAUCGAGAGGCAGCAAACUUUCGCCCUGCACCAGCGUUGUUUGCAGACCAAAGCCAAGCGCUCCAACAAGCACCGACAGCCACAGACGGGAAGCGAGCAGGCGGCGCAGAGAGGCACCGGGAGUGCGGAGAGCGCGGAGGGAGGAGGAGGAGGAAGCGCGCCUGGAGAGCAGAGCCGUAACAGCACUCUGAUCGCGCUGCAAGAGACGGUGAAGAGGAAACUUGAGAACGCCAGCCCCAAUGGUGGCCGGGACCAGGUAAAUGGAUUCAGUGAUGGUUACCCCCAAGCCAAAAAAUCAUGUUUGGAGGAUGCUUUGAGUAAUCUAAAUGGGAUGUCAAAUGGCACCAUGCCUCCUCUUUCACCCAUGGACACCAAGCAUGGUCUUGCUGCUGAUUUGGCAAUGAAUGGUGCACCACCGGUGGGUACUGCUGAGCAAAAUGGCGUCACUUUAUCCACUGAAUCUGACAUCCGUCUGAAGGAGCUGAAGCAAGAGCCCAUGGAUGAUAUCCUGCCUACCGGUGGGGGCAACGGCAACAUCAUCCUGCCUGACCUCAACCUGAAUGAACAGGAGUGGACUGAGCUCAUGGAGGAGUUUAAUCGCUCUGUGCCUUAUGAAGAAAUUCAAGAACUUUUCAAUGACGGUUUUGAGGACCGCAAGGACUCUGAGGUGUCAUCUGGCACCGUAGCACCUACUAGUCUCCUUCCCACAGAUCUUGCUGGCACGGUUAAGGCAGAGUUUUCCCCAGCCCAAGCCUCUUCUGCCUUUGAACAGGACACACGCACUGGUUCACCACACAUCCCGUCCACCUCAUCGGGGCCUCCAAUGCAUGCCAGCUCCCCAAUCAUGCCAUCCGCCUCUGCCUCUUCACCGGCGCUGUCAGGACACCAGCAUACGCAGCAGCAGCCAAGCCAGUCCAGGCCGAUGCAGAACCACCUGAUGCCACCCAAAGACUUGUCACCAGCACAGCAGUUGCAGCAGCUAGCUGCUCGGGAGCAGCAAAGAGCACAGCGCAUGCAAAACCAUCAGCACCAGACCCAGAAGCAGCAGAAACAACAGCAGAAGCCGGCACCUAAAUUUCACCAGCAAUCCAAUCUUCCCUCUUGGCAGAGUGCCCCCCCUAAUCAGAGUUCGCUAGGAAGUGGUGCGUUUGGCCUGGAGAAACCCACUAGCCCCUCAAUUUACCCUUCUGACUUCCAGAAUCCAAAGUCCCUUCUCAUACCAGGCCAGCAGCCCAGUAAGGGCUCUCCAAAAGCCAGUGCCUCAGGGGCAUACAUGCAACCUAGUGGGCACCCAAUGAUGGGUCAUGGUGCAGCUGCAUCUGGAACCCUCAGCCAUCAACCACCCUCGGCAGGUCAGACGGCCAUGCUGGACUACAACAACACUAAACCGCUGAGCCACUUUGAGGCUGGAGCACCAAGAGGCCCCGUGAACACACAGAGCCAGAACAAAGCAGCAAUGCUCAACCUCCUGCGCCAGCAACAACAACAACAACAGCAGCAGCAGCAGCAGCAUCAGCACCAGCAGCAGCAGAUGAAGCCGAGGCCCACUGGCAUGCAGUUCAGACCCCCAACACAUCUGUCACACUCCCAGCAGGAACCUGGUACUUACCCAUCUAACCCUCACGUCCCGGGCCCUGGUGCUGCCAUGGUAACGCAGCCGGGUGGCAGUGGCAUGGCAGCUAACCACAAUAACGCAGCAUAUCUGAGUGGACUACAGAAACAGCAGCAAAUGCAGAUGUUGAGUCCGCAGCAGAAACAGUUCAUCCAGAGACAGAUGAUGGCCGAGCAGGAGAAGCAGCGGCAGCAGCAGGAGCAGCAGAUGCAGAGGCACUUAACCCGUCCUCCUCCUCAGUACCAGGACCAGCAGAACCCACCCACCCAGCAAAACCCAUUCCAGCAGCAGCCACAGGUCUCCCAGUUUCCAGGUUCGUCUCAGACAAUGGGUAGCGUGAAUUCCCUUGGCGGCCCAGCUGCCGGUGUCCAGCGCAUGUUUCCUCAAAAUCAAAGCAUGAUGGGAAUUAAUCAGGGGGGAGGUCCAGCCCCAGGCGCUCCUCCUGCAGGCACUCAAGCAGAUCUCAGCCUGUCAGCUUGUGCAGGUAGUCUUGAGCCCCAGCAGGUCCUUUACGGAAACAUGCCGAUGCAUCCGUCCCAUGCCAACCAGCAGAGAUUACCAAUGCAGAACUACAGGCACAAUGUUCUAGUGCAGCAGCAGGCACAUCUCAAACAGCAGCAGCAGCAAUUGGCUCGUAUGCCUAAUAGUAUGCCCAGUGCUAUGGCUAACAACAUGAGCUCCAUGCCCAGUUCAAUGCCCAAUACCAUAAGCAGCAAUAUCCAGGCUGCAUUGCCUCCACAGGCCCAGUCAUGGCAGCAGCAGCAUCCAGGUCUUCAGCAGGGCAUGGCUGGUCAGCCUAAUGCCAACAAUGGUGCCUUACCUGCCGGCUUUCCGAACUCUAGUUUCCACAUGCAGCCCAGGAUGACCAAGCUGCCCGGCAGUGCACCUUUCGCCCAGGCUGGCUUGGGGAAUGGUGCAGCAGGCAGGGCGAUGGUGGGUAUGAACCCAGGGCAGAUGAUGCCAAAUGUGGCCCAGCAUAGAACCAACAGUGGCACCAUGGCACAGCAGCAGCCUCAGCAAGGACAGUCAGCACAACCUCAGUCGCAGCAGGUGCUGCCCGACUUGGGGCCAUUUGGGCAGCCGCAGGGUGGUCAGGUGUCUAACCGCACUGCAGGCAUGCAGUGCAACCAGGCCUACCAGGUCAAUCGGACACCCAGUCAGCAGCUGCCGUUUGCAUACAAUGCCCAAUCAGGGGGCAGCUUAGCCAGCUUUCCUGGGGAGAGCGACCUGGUGGACUCACUGUUAAAGACCCAGUCUACGCAGGAAUGGAUGGACGACUUGGAUGAGCUAUUGGCCAGUCAUCAGUGAUUGGCACCCGUACUAGAAACUGAGCGAUGUGGACAUUCUUGACUGUUCUCUGGUCAGAACUGCUGUACUGUGUGUGUGGAAGUGUCAGGAAAAAAGGAGUAUUGGGCAUGAGAAGCCUGUGUGUAUUGAGAAUUCUUAGGGCUUUCAUGACAAUGUCUACUACUGAUCCUGUGGCUCAGUACUAAAACCACUGAAUCAUACCCAAAUUUGAUGGGGUCACACUGCUUUUGUUUUACUUUCUGCUGUUAAGGCUACAUAUAUGUGCCUAAAAUGCUAGGUAUCCAAGGCCAUAAGUCAAAAUCUGCAUAUUUGAGAUGUUCAUGAACUGUCUUUAGACCAUAGUCCUGAGUCUUUGGCCUUAAAUCUGCUAUGAUACUCAGAUCUUUGACUGAUUCAAAGACAGGCAGUUUAAUUAUUUCUCCUGUUCAGUGUAUUCUUUUGGCAGUAGAGUUUGAAAUCUUUACUUCUAGGAAUUCUCAGUGUUCUAAACGUCCCGAGUUUUAUUUGUUCUCGAAAACGUGCGGUUUAGGAAGUUGAUGACUCAGCAUUAUGUUAAAACACUAAAUUGUACGUUAACAUAAUUUCUGUUCAAUGUUACACUAAAUCAAAUAUUACUUUCAAAUGUUUGUAACCAAUCAGAUAGAGGGAGGGGUGACUGUCUAAUUUUUUUUUUCUUUUUUUUUUUUCUUCUUCUAUCCCUUCUUCCCUUGAAGUUCCCCUUCCCGUGUUUGUUACAUUGGGGUUUGAUUUGAAUGUUCCACCUUGAAGAAGUGUGUGUGUGUGUGUGUGUGUGUGUGUGUGUGUGUGUGUGUGUGUGUGUGUGUGUGUGUGUGUGUGUGUGUGUGUGUGUGUGUGCGCAUGCGCGCACUUGGGUUUCAGUUGACGUAUGGCUUAUCUGUCCGCUUCUAGGAGCAAGUUUAUCUCAGUAUCUGACAAGGCUCCAUGUUUAUUUAUAUAUUUUUUUAUGUAUGCAUUUCCUAUUGUUCUUAAGAAGAUAGAUCUUAUUUUUAUAUGUACAUUGUUGCGAAUUUUUGUAAGUAUUUUAUACUUUUUAUUAUUGUUCUUCGCAAAAAAACGAGAGUAUUAUGUAAAUAUAGUUCUUUAGAAACA